CGCGACCGCGCGAGGCGGCAGGGCAGCCAAGGCCUCCGCCCCCAUAGGUCGGUUUGCAGCUCUUGCGCGCUGUUGCCUUCUCCGCCAGGUUUAGUCCCUCUUGUCGCCAUCGCCCCAUGCACCAUGGCUUUCGUAACCAGGCAGUUCGUGCGCUCCCUGUCUUCCUCGUCCACCGCCGCGGCCUCGGCGAAGAAAAUAAUUAUCAAGCACGUGACGGUCAUCGGCGGCGGGCUGAUGGGCGCCGGCAUCGCCCAGGUUGCUGCAGCAACUGGCCACACAGUGAUGUUGGUGGACCAAACGGAGGACAUCCUGGCAAACUCUAGAAAGGGAAUUGAGGAAAGCCUUAGGAGAGUGGCCAAGAAGAAGUUUGCAGAAAAUCCCAAGGCAGGCGAUGAGUUCGUGGAGAAAACCCUGAGCAGCAUCUCGACCAGCACGGACGCAGCAUCUGUGGUCCACAGCACAGACCUGGUGGUGGAGGCCAUCGUGGAGAAUCUGAAGGUGAAGAGCGAGCUUUUCAAGAGGCUGGACAAGUUUGCCGCCGAACACACAAUCUUUGCCAGCAACACUUCCUCUUUGCAGAUCACAAGCAUAGCCAAUGCCACCACCAGACAGGACCGAUUCGCCGGGCUCCAUUUCUUCAAUCCAGUGCCCUUGAUGAAACUUGUGGAGGUCAUUAAAACACCAAUGACCAGCCAGAAGACGUUUGAAUCUCUGGUGGACUUCAGCAAAGCCCUGGGAAAGCAUCCUGUUUCUUGCAAGGACACUCCUGGGUUCAUUGUCAACCGUCUCCUGGUGCCGUACCUCAUGGAAGCAGUCCGGCUGUAUGAACGAGGUGACGCGUCCAAGGAGGACAUCGACACUGCUAUGAAGCUGGGCGCUGGCUACCCCAUGGGCCCAUUCGAGCUUCUCGAUUAUGUUGGGCUGGAUACUACGAAAUUCAUCUUGGACGGGUGGCAUGAAAUGGAUUCCAAGAACCCCUUGUUUCAGCCCAGCCCAUCCAUGAAUAAGCUGGUGGCAGAGAAUAAGCUUGGCAAGAAGACUGGAGAAGGAUAUUACAAAUACAAAUGAUGCUCAGCUUCUCUGGCUCCGGGAAGAAGCCCCCAUAAGCAUGUACCAGCAGCUCCCCAAGUGCCCACGGGAAUGUUCUUUGGUCAGACGUUCCCUCACACAGCACCAUCUAUUCGAUAUGCAUUUUGAUUGUAAUCUAUCUGAACUAAUUAUUUACCCUAGUAACAGUAGUAGCUGAUUCCUCCAUUGAGAACUAAUUCCCUUUGUAGUCUAUUUCUGUGUAUUUUCUGAAAAGCUUUAUGUACACCCUCGGUGCCUUGGAGCAAACAUUUCUUUCGAACCUGUGUCCAUCAUUGCCACACGGGAAUGUCACGAGUGAGUGACACGUCAUGGUGUGUCUGUGAAGGGCUGCGCAGGUAGCACCAGCAUCUCGCCUUUUCGAGAACAUUUGCCGCCUGCAGUUUCGAGCCUUACCCUACAUCCUGAGCACGGCGAUGUAAGGUGUCAUGUCUUGAUUCAACUCAUCACCAAAACACUGCUGCUGGGUUGGUGGGGAUAUCUCCACGUGCUGGGUUUGCCGGAAUAAGUUUCAUUCACAUCUGAAAUCGGAAUAAUUAUCGUCUGUCUGUCUGUUUUUUUCCAUGAGAAAUCAUUGCUGCAAAUUAAUAAAAUGUAGUCUUUCAAUCU